AUGUCUGUCAACCCGGGCACUCUUCGGGGCACGCCCAAUCGUGGUCAGUCACGCGGUGCCAUCCCCUUCGCCAACACCCCGACCUCGGGCAUCCCUCGACCGGUUCUGGAAGCCACGCCAUCAACAACCAGCGAGGCCGGGCCCUCUUCCACCGUUAGCGCCAGCAGGCAGAAGCAAUCCAAGAGAGAUGAAGCCAUCCGCCGCAAGAUGGAGAAUGAUCUCUCCAAAAAGAAGCACUUGACAAGCCGCGCCCGGCAGUCUCGCAAGGCACCUCCAGGAACCGUCCUCGCCCUCAAGCCUAGCCAGGCGCUGCAGAUCAAGCCCCAGACCAGCGUCGCCGAAGCCGCACAGCUCAUGGCAGCCAAGCGCGAAGACUGCGUGCUGGUCACGGAUGACGACGACCGAAUUGCGGGUAUCUUCACAGCCAAGGAUCUUGCCUUCCGUGUCGUGGGAGCCGGGCUGAAGCCAAACAAUGUCACCAUCGCCGAGAUCAUGACCAAAAAUCCGUUGUGCGCCAGGACCGACACCAGCGCCACGGAUGCCCUCGACCUGAUGGUCCGUAAGGGCUUCCGCCACCUUCCCGUCAUGGACGAAAAUCAGGAUAUUUCUGGCGUGCUCGAUAUCACAAAGUGCUUUUACGAGGCCAUGGAGAAGCUGGAGCGUGCUUAUUCGUCCUCCCGGCGGCUUUACGACGCGCUCGAGGGUGUGCAGUCCGAGCUCGGCUCCAGCCAGCCGCAGCAGAUCAUCCAGUACGUUGAGGCUCUCCGGUCCAAGAUGUCGGGCCCUACUCUCGAGUCGGUGUUGAACGGCUUACCGCCGACAACGGUGAGCGUUCGGACGUCGGUAAAGGAGGCCGCCCAGUUGAUGAAGGAGAACCACACCACGGCGGUCCUGGUCCAGGACCAAGGGGCCAUUACCGGUAUCUUCACGAGCAAGGAUGUUGUCCUGCGUGUGAUUGCGCCCGGCCUGGAUCCCGCUACCUGCAGCGUUGUCCGUGUCAUGACCCCUCAUCCCGACUUUGCGCCCAUGGACAUGAGCAUCCAGGCUGCGCUGCGUAAGAUGCAUGAUGGUCACUACCUUAACCUUCCCGUCAUGAACGACGGCGGCGAGAUUGUCGGCAUGGUGGAUGUCCUCAAGCUUACAUACGCCACCCUCGAGCAGAUCAAUUCGAUGAAUAGCAACGACAGCGAAGGACCUGCAUGGAACAAGUUCUGGCUGUCGCUUGACCACGAGACCGAGUCUAUGGUUUCCGGUGACGGCUCGCACCACCACACCAACGCGAAUGCGAGAUCCUUGAUGUCCCCGGACAUCUCACGGAGCGAGCGCCUGCCAACCGAUAGCGUCCUGCCGGGCGAUUCUGCGAGCCACACCGGUGUCGAAUCACCUCCCCACAGCGCCGUGGGCGCUACGCCGGAGGUGCCACCCGCCGAAACCCCAUUCCCGUUCAAAUUCAAGGCCCCUAGUGGCCGCGUUCACCGACUGCAAGUUACUGCCGCGCACGGCAUGGCCGAGUUCGUCGCCAACGUCACGGCCAAGCUCGGCUCCGAGGUCGACGCCAUCGGCGGCGCGCCCACCGUCGAGGACGGCAAGCUCUCGGGCGGAUACGCGCUCAGCUACCUCGACGACGAGGGCGACUCCGUGUCCAUCACAACAGACCAGGACUUGCUGGAGGCUAUCGUCCUCGCUCGCCAAGGCCGCCGCGAAAAAGUUGACCUGUUCGUGCACGAUCCCAAGGAGCCGCCCGUUGCCCCGGCACUUGCACCCGCGCCGGCGCCCGAGCCGCUCGUAGUGCCGACGCCGCCGCUGUCUUCUGUCGUGCGUGAGCGCAGGAAGCCGGUUGGUAACGACGAGGAUGAAGAGGAUGGCGACGUGUCCGAGGGGGACGAGACGCCCGUCCGCACCAGCAGGCAUCCCCGCACGCGGACGGCGCCGCAGCCGGAGCAGGUCAUUGCCGGUGUGCCCAACGAGUUGUUGCUGCCGGGUGCGAUUGCGAUGUUGGCGGUAGUGAUUGUGGGUGUGUUUACCAUUUCGAGAAUGUCUAGCCGCGGCUGGCAGCAUUGCAAUGCAAUGACCCCAACCCCAACAUUUUCCACCAUGAUCUUGAGGAGUUUCGGUGUCAGGCACGGUCGUCGUGCCCUAGCAGCACCCAUCAGCCGAUUAUGCCUCCGAACCAUUUCCAGCUCGGCGACACGGCCGGCCACGGCGCCAACGACAUUCGCUGAACCUACCGCAAUGCCCACCACCGCAACGCCAACGAAUGUCCAGUCCUACCACGCGGCCAAGACCGCCGCCCGGAAGGCCGAGCUCGCCCAGAUUCCAGCAAUUUAUCUCGAGUACCAGCACCAGCGCGAGCACACUCGGAGCAUAGGCGCCCGCGUCGAGUCGAGGUAUCACCCGGAUCAGAUGCUGCUCGACCCGCCGCAUGACGCCACGCUCGAGAUGCUCAUGGCCGCCCAGUGCCACAUGGGUCAUCACGUCUCGCAGUGGAACCCGGCCAACCAGCGGUACAUUUACGGCGAGCGCGCCGGCAUCCACAUCAUCAGCCUCGAGACGACGGCAGCCCACCUGCGCCGCGCCGCGCGCGUCGUCGAAGAGGUGGCCUACUACGGCGGCCUGAUUCUCUUUGUCGGCAACAGGAAGGAGCACAGGCCGAUCGUGGUGCGCGCGGCCGAGCUGGCCAAGGGUUGCCACCUCUUCCAGCAGUGGACGCCUGGCGCCAUCACCAACCGAGACGUCAUUCUGGCUAGCGGCCAGCUGAAGAUGGUGGAUGAGCGGGACGCGGAGUUGCAGGGGUUCGACAUGCACCUCCGCGACUGCAGGCCCGUGGUGCCCGAUCUGGUGGUGUGUCUGAACCCGCUCGAGAACUACCCGCUGCUGCACGAGUGCGGCCUGGCCAACAUCCCGACCAUUGGCGUCAUUGACACCGACGCUGACCCUACCUGGGUUACGUACCAGAUCCCGGCCAACGAUGACAGUGUCCGAUCUGUCACGCUCAUUGCGGGCGUACUAGGCAGGGCGGGAGAGCGCGGGCAGCAGCGGAGGUUAGCGGAUGCCAACGACGGCAUUUGUACUUGGGAAAACGCUCGCGAUAUCGAGAUCUUUAUACGGAAGGACGCCGAGGCCAAGGCACAGGAAGAGUACAAGGCUGCUGCGGCUGAGGGUGUCUUGGACAAAAAGGUGAUGACGAGGGAGGACUUCUUGACCGAUGAUGAGCUCCUAAAGGAGAUGGUGGAUGGCCCAAUCACCUCUUCAGCGGCUUGA